GUUUUCUAUAAAUUUACGACUAACCAUUCACAAAUGACAGUUUAUCAAUGACCAUAUGACGACUGUUUUGAUUCACUUGGAUUUGUUCAGUGCUGCGGACAGGAUGCUGUUUCUAACUGUAGCCAUCGCUUUGACAGCGUCUGCUUCUUUGGCCCAGGAGUACGAAGAUAUAGAGCUAUAUAACAAUUACGAUGAGUACACAGCACUCGCCGAUGCUGCGGGAGGUGCAGGUGCAGGUGGUAAAGGGCAACCCAAGCUGGGAUUUAGUGCUGGCAGUGGGUUAAGAAGCAUUGCUGAGGGAUCUUUCAACUCGGCUAACGAUGCUGUUAACAAUCAAGAUGCGGCUGGUCAUCAAGCCGCUUUUGUCGCCAAAAAUACCUUAGCACAGGCUGCAGCUGGUGCCUCAGCAACCGCCCAGGCCGCACUGGCCGGCAAGCAGAUCCUCCUCCAAGGCCUCGAGCAGCAGCUUCGCGAUGCCCAAACGGCCCUCAUGGGCGAGAAGCAGCAGCUCAUGCAAGCCCAGCGCUCCGCCGACGCCACGAUGCGCGCAGCCCAAGAAGCCCGCGCCCACGUCAACGUACUCACCAACACUCUUAACGCGGCCCAGACCAACGCUGACCACAUGACCCAGGCGGCGUCGGAGGCGGCCGGAGAGCUCGCGGCGCAGCAGUCCAUGGUGGGCUCGGCAAAGCAGCGUGUGGAGCAGCUAGGCAAGCAGCUGUCUUCCGUGCGCAUAGACUUCGAGGCCACUAGGGCUGCUGCCCAGAAGGCCCAGGCCGCCGCGCAGGCCGCAGCGGCCAACGCCGCGGCUGCGGCCGCCGCCGCAGCCGCCGACCUCGCUAAGAGCGCCUCCCCCGCUCCACCACCACUCGGUGGAAAGGGGAGUAAUGGCGGGGGCGUCAGCAAAGGGGGUGCCGGGGGCGGCGGGGGUAAAGGGGGCUCCCAGAGCGGCAAAAAUGGGGGCGGAGCGGGAGCAGCAGGGAAGUAUAUUCAAGGGAUUGAAGGCAAUGUGGCGUAUGUUGAGGACAAUUUUUAUAACCCCUUUCAGUAUCGCAAGUAAGGGGGGGUAGUGAGUUAGGUUAUGUUUUGUUAUGUGUUUCAGUAUAGUUUUUUAUAUAAUAAGGUGAUAUUUAUUUGGGUUGUUUUGCCAAUAAAAGUUUCGAAGGUA